AUGACAGGUGAUAUUCAGAUGGCGUCUUCGGAUACUGAAGACGUUAAUAGGUUUGCUAAUAUAAUCGAAGACUUACCGGUAAAGACGAGACUCACGCUCUCUACAUUAUCGCUUUUAAAUGAUGUCUCAACACAACUGUUAAGAUUUCUGAUAUCAAAUGCUCACACUCCCAAUGUUAUUGCAGUCAUCUCAAACAAGGAGAAUUAUAUCUCAACAGGUGAAUCGGAGAUGUUCCACACGCUGGUGAGGAUCUUCAAAAAUAUCCGUGACGUUUACGAGUCAAGAACGCCGCUAUUGAAUGUGAACAACGUUGCUCCUGGUUUGUGGCUUUUGAAUAUGCCUCCACCAACUAUACUUAAAGGGCACGAAGCUUAUAUCAUAUCUACUAUACGGAAGGCCAAUUUGGUAACAUUCAUUCUCACGGUAAUAAACUGCUUGCCCUAUGGUUUUGAUUUCUUACAAAAAGUUUACUUGGACGUUUUUUGCCCUAAUACUAUCCUAACAGAUCAAACUAAUGGUGAUCAAGUCUCAAAAUUUUUAAAACCUCAAGCUAUCAUAUAUCUAGACUUAAAGACUCAUGCGUACAUUUCCUCGAUCCGGGACCACCUGGGCGCCAAUGAACAAAUACCCGAUGCCGAAAAAAGAAUCCUACUGGAUACUAUCUUCCCUGAUAAUAUUGCCAUGAGACUUGUGAAUAGAAAGAUUGUUGCCCCAAAUGAGAAAAAGAUUUUGACGCCAUCUGAGAAAGAAUUUGUUGGCAGAUGUGAACGUAGGAAAGAAACACUAAUUAAGUUUACCAACUACACAGACUUAUUAAAUAGCUAUGACUGGACAUUUUUUGUCAAAGAAUUGCUUGAAUAUUGUGGCAAGAAUAUGAACUUGAUUGUUUGGGGUAAGAAAGGCAGAUCUAAAACUGCCCUUUUGGAGUUUAAUCCAUCUGACUUCGACCCACAGAUUCUGUUUGCUACUGGUAGCCACCUGACCACCGAUUUAGCAGUAAAUUCUCAUGAUCCUAGUCCUAUUGGAAAUACAUUUGAUACUGGAAAUAAAGAAAAGUUAAUUGACGCCAAUGAACUUCGACCACUUACUGAUGCAGAAAGUGAGAGCAUUAAUAAUGAGAUUCAAUCUGCAUUACAGAAUGAGAGUGGUCAAGGAAUGCAGAAAAAUUUUAUGGAUGAUGCACACAUGAGUGGUGGAGAGAAUGUUCAUUCUCAGUUAGUGGAUUCGAAUAAUUCCAUUUUAUCUGAUGUUAUCAGUAAGUCUCCUUCAGUCAAGGUGGUGAAGGCCAAAAGAACAUGGUCAAAGGAGGAAGAAAAAACUUUGAUCACAGGUUUAAUCGAUCUGGGACCUGCUUGGGCUAAGAUUUUAGAUCUUUAUGGCCCUGGUGGUAAAAUCAAUGAAAAUCUGAAAAAUCGGACACAAGUACAACUGAAGGAUAAAGCAAGAAAUUGGAAGUUACAUUAUUUAAAGACCGGUAAGCCGCUGCCAGAAUAUUUGAAUAGAGUUACAGGUAAUCUAGAUAAAAUUGCAAAGACGAAAAGAAGAGGAAGUAAGGAGGGGAGUAUUCCCCCAAAUUGA